ACUGUUUCCUUUUAAUUUCUUUGUUUUUUGUUUGUUAUUAACGUUCCCUUGGUUUACUUUAAUUAUAACUAUUAAGGUUUUCCUCUGAUUUUGAUUAGUGUCUCUCUCUCAUUGUUUUUUUGUUUUUCUUUUCCUUAGACCAAACUGGCCACGCUUUUGUAUCAUGAGCUUGUCAACCUAUGGACCCAAUUCACAGGGAACCCUAACAUUUCAUGAUCCUGAGGAAGCAAAUGAACUGAUUGGAGGUGAUACCCAAGGAACUGAUUUCGAUUUUACUGAUUUCACUUUACCCACUUUGACUCAAAGUCAAUGUUCACAACCGCUUACCGGAGGAGCUGGUGCUUCACUUAUUUCAUCCUCUUCACUGGAUAAAGAUGGUUCCAUCAAUGCACAUAAGUCAGGAGAUUUGGGCUUACAGAAUGGAGAUAUUACCGCUGUUGCUCAGGUAUUUGGAGAAUUAAAUUUUGAAGAAGAAGAGGAAGACCAAUUUUACAACAAAGAUUUACCUGAUCACGCGUGUAAAUACUGUGGUAUUCAUGAUCCUUCUUGUGUUGUUCAAUGUAAUGUUUGUAAGAAAUGGUUCUGUAAUGGCCGAGGUAACACCUCUGGAAGCCAUAUUAUCAAUCACCUUGUACGAGCUAAACAUAAAGAGGUAACCCUUCAUAAAGAUGGUCCAUUGGGUGAAACUGUUCUCGAAUGUUAUAGCUGUGGAUGUCGUAAUGUUUUCGUUCUUGGCUUUAUUCCUGCUAAAGCUGAUUCGGUUGUUGUACUUUUAUGUCGACAACCUUGUGCUGCUCAGAGUAGUCUAAAAGAUAUGAACUGGGAUUUAGAACAAUGGAAACCUUUGAUCAAUGAUCGUACUUUUCUUUCAUGGUUGGUUAAAAUUCCCUCUGGUCAAGAACAAUCAAGAGCUCGGCAAAUAACCGCUCAACAGAUUAAUAAACUUGAAGAGCUUUGGAAAGACAAUGUUGAUGCCACUUUUCAAGAUCUUGAGAAACCUGGAGUCGAUGAGGAACCUCAACAGGUUCUCUUAAGGUAUGAAGAUGGUUAUCAGUAUCAAAAUAUUUUCGGUCCUCUGGUUAAAAUGGAAGCCGACUACGACGAAAAGCUAAAAGAAUCGCAAACACAAGAUAACAUUGAAGUACGAUGGGAUAUUGGUUUGAAUAAGAAAAUAAUUGCUUACUUUAAUAUCGCCAAAUCGGAUAGUGAUAUGAGAUUGAUGCACGGAGAUGAACUUCGUUUACGUUAUUUGGGCGAACUGGAUAAACCCUGGUCUGGUGUUGGUCAUGUAAUUAAGAUCCCCGACAAUUACAGUGAGGAGGUUGGAAUUGAAAUGAAAAGCAAUAUCUGUGUACCAACCGAAUGUACAUCUAAUUUUGUUCUUGAUUUUGUCUGGAAAUCAACAUCAUUUGACAGGAUGCAAGCCGCUCUUCGUCAGUUUGCUGUUGAUGAAUCUUCUGUUUCUGGUUAUAUUUAUCAUCGUUUAUUAGGCCAUGAGAUUGAUGAUGUUAUCAUGCGAUGUAAUUUACCUAAACACUUUUCAGCUCCAAAUUUACCCGAAUUGAAUAGAUCCCAAGUGAUCGCUGUUAAACACGCUCUUCAGCGGCCAUUGUCUUUGAUCCAAGGUCCACCUGGAACUGGUAAAACUGUUACUUCAGCGACAAUUGUUUAUCAUCUUGUGAAAACGGGUAACACUCCGGUUUUGGUCUGUGCACCGAGUAACAUUGCUGUUGACCAGUUGACUGAGAAAAUUCAUCGAACUGGACUAAAAGUGGUCCGUUUGUGUGCUAAAAGUCGUGAAGCAAUAAGUUCACCUGUAUCUUUCCUUGCUCUUCACAAUCAAAUACGCAAUAUGCAAGGACAUUCAGAGUUACAUAAAUUACAACAAUUAAAAGAUGAAACUGGUGAACUUUCAUCAGCCGAUGAGAAACGUUACCGAAUGCUUAAAAAAGCCUGUGAACGGGAACUAUUGGAAGCCGCUGAUGUCAUUUGCUGUACUUGUGUGGGUGCCGGCGAUCCAAGGUUAAUUCGUUUCAAGUUCCAUUCAAUAUUGAUCGAUGAGAGUAUGCAGGCCACAGAACCAGAAUGUAUGGUUCCCGUUAUUUUAGGAGCUAAACAACUUGCACUUGUUGGUGAUCAUUGUCAAUUGGGACCCGUUGUUAUGUGUAAAAAAGCCGCUCGAGCGGGUUUAUCACAAUCUCUUUUUGAGCGUCUUGUUGUUCUGGGCAUUAGGCCACUUCGAUUAGAAGUUCAAUAUCGUAUGCACCCAUCGUUGAGUAAAUUUCCAUCAAACUUUUUCUAUGAAGGUUCCCUUCAAAAUGGUGUCAAUCCCGAUGAUCGUAAAAUGAAACGGGUCGAUUUUCCAUGGCCUCAACCCGAUAAACCAAUGUUUUUCUACUGUUGCCAAGGUCAAGAAGAAAUUGCUGGCUCAGGAACCUCAUAUUUAAAUCGAACCGAGGCCGCACUUGUUGAAAAGAUUACAACUCGAUUCUUGAAAGGUGGAGUAAGACCUGAACAAAUCGGUGUCAUCACUCCUUACGAAGGUCAAAGAGCAUAUUUGGUCCAGUAUAUGCAAUACAAUGGAUCUCUUCAUGCUAAACUUUACCAAGAGAUUGAAGUUGCAAGUGUUGAUGCUUUUCAAGGAAGAGAAAAAGAUUUAAUCAUAAUGUCCUGUGUACGAUCAAAUGAACACCAAGGAAUCGGUUUUCUUAACGAUCCAUGUCGUCUUAAUGUCGCCCUAACUCGUGCUCGUUAUGGUAUAAUUAUUGUUGGUAAUCCAAAGGUUUUAUCUAAACAACCUCUCUGGAAUCAUUUGCUUACCUUUUACAAAGAAAACAAAGUUUUGGUUGAAGGGCCAUUGAACAAUCUAAAAGAGAGUAUGAUUCAAUUUAGUAAACCUCGUAAAAUGUUAAACUCAAUCAAUCCCGGAGGCCAUUUCAUGAACAACACAACUUUUGACGCUCGUGAGGCAAUGAUUCCCGGAAGUAUCUAUGACAGGUCAGGAACUGCAACUACUGGAAACCGUUACAAUGGAUCGUUACAUUUAAUUGCUGCAGCCGCUGCUGCAGGUAACACUGGACCACCACCACCCAAUGUUAACCAUCCUUCAUAUUUCCGUGCACACGAUCAAAUAUCGUACAUUAGUCCAGAACGGGCUCAAGCAGGAGCAGCUCUAUCCAACCUUCCAGUACCUAUUGGUAUGUUUAUGAAUAUGAUUCAUAUACCACCUCGAUUUUACAAUCAACAUCAACAAGCAAUGCAAUCACAACGUCAACAGCAACAACAACAACAACAGCAACAACAAGGUAUCCUUGGUGAACAAAGAUCCAAAGGUUCAACUACUGGUCGACUUAAUCGUCUUAACAGUAAUCAACCUCCGCACACUUCACGAUCAACUAAAUUGGAAAAUGGUUCAUGUCCAAAUAGUCAACCAGCGAGUCAAGAUAUCGGUGGUUCGUCUUUCUCUCAAGGUCCAUUGACUCAAAAUCAAUUGUCAAUGAGUCAAAUCAGUCAAUUACCUUAUCCAUCAUUAUCUCAACAUCCUUUCUCUCAACCUGGACUUUCACAGACUGAACUCUCUCAAGAUCCAUAUUUGACCGAUCCAUAUAAUUUCUAAGUGCUACCGUUUACAACAACAACAACAAAAAAAGAAAUGACCUGCAGACCAAACAAACAAAAAGAAAAUCUAAUAUCCCCCUGACAACUUUGGUGGAUUGUGCAUUUUGUUUUUUUCUUUGAUUUAUAAAUGUGAGAAUGUGAGAAAACAAUUGGGUGAUAAUUGAAAGAUGAAUCUCACUCGUGGAAAAAAAUGCAGCACAUCAACACAAACACACACACACACAUACACACACAAACAAGCAAACAAGCAACACUCAUUUAAGAAACAUCAUUCAUCAAAUAAACACACAAAUAAACUACACACACACAGACACAACAAUCACUCUUUAAAGCGAACGCAAUCCCAAACAAAACAGAAAAUGGCCUGAAUGGUAAAAAAUAAAAGUUCCUCAGGAAAAGAAAAACUUCUGGAAUCGUAACUUAAAGACCAUGAUAGAAACGAGAUGAACAACAUUUAAUCAUAGUUAAUAUCAAACAAGAAGUCAUUUUAAAUUAUAAAGAGGAAAUCUUGUUACCAGGAAGAUAAUAAUUCGCAAUUGAAUUGAAAACCAACUUUGAACGGUCACUAAUUACCUGGAGAGAGAAAUGGAAAUAUUCAAUGAUUUAAAAAAAAGCCAAUAGGACUAUCAAUGUGAUUAAGAUUUCGAGUCGAUGACAAAUCUAAUUUACAUAUUCGUGGUCAAAAUUUUCUGGAAACUCUUGUUGAUUUGGUCAUCGUAAACCGGUAUAAUAGCUAUGGGGCUAUUUCUUUGAAAUUUAUCAUCUCACUAAUUAUCUUCGCCUCCCUCAUCUUCCUCUAAUUAAUCUAACCUCUCUCUCUCUCUCUCCCUCUCUCUUAACUAUUUGGAUCCUCCACUCUCCUCCUGAUCAUCCAUCUUUCAAAUGAUUUGGAAGAUUGGAAAUUAAAAAAAAUCAAAUACAAUGGAUUUAAAUUGUGCAGUGGUAACUGGGAACAUGCAUGAAAAGCAGAAAUCAAAAAUGAAAUCAACUGAAUCAAGAAAUUGAAGAUUAACUGCUAAUUUAAUUAACAAUAAUUUCCCUCCAUCACUUGACAUGAAAAAAAAAUCAAAUAUCUAACCGAUGAAAACUGAAUGAAAUUAAAUGAGAAAAUUGAAAUUUACUAUUUACAGGAAGAGAAAACAAAAAAAUCAAACUAAAAUCUUGGUCUAAUUAUUAUGAUAUUUGUUUAAUUAAUUGUAACAAAUGAUUCGUUGAAAUGAUUACGAAACAAAAGAAAUUAAUUGAAAUUAAAGAUUAAGUUGAAAAGAAA